AAGAAGCUAGCAUGACUUCUUAGUCAGUCUUAGUUUUUCACAGUGGCCCUUCAAUAAGUACUAGCCCAUGGGACCAGGUCUGGAAUGGAUUUAUCAACCUCUAGAUUCUGAGGUCACUGUCCCAAGAUGAUGGACUCAUCUGGGUAUGGCUUGCUGCAGUAUUUGCAAAAGCUCAGUGAUGAAGAGUUCCAGAGAUUUAAAGAACAUCUCAGGAAAGAGCCAGAGAAAUUUAAACUUAAACCUAUCUCCUGGACUAAGAUCAAAAACACUUCCAAAGAAGACCUGGUAAUGCAAUUGUACACACAUUAUCCAGGAAAGGCAUGGGAUAUGGUGUUGAGCCUGUUUCUACAGGUCAAUCGGGAAGACCUCUCAACCAUGGCUCAGACAGAAAGGAGAGAUAAACAAACUAAAUACAAAGAGUUUAUGAAGAAUACAUUUCAGCACAUAUGGACAAUGGAGACCAACACUUAUAUACCUGAUAGAAGCUACCACGAAUUUAUAGAAGUCCAGUACAGAGCAUUGCAGGACAUAUUUGAUUGUGAGUCAGAGCCAGUCACUGUAGUUGUAUCAGGUUCUAGAGGAGGAGGUAAAACUACUUUCUUAAGAAAAGCAAUGUUGGAUUGGGCAUCAAGAAAUUUACUGCAGAACCGAUUUCAAUAUGUUUUCUACUUCUCCGUCUUCUCACUUAACAAUAUCACAGAGUUAAGCUUAGCUGAGCUUAUCUCAAGUACGUUGCCUGAAUCUUCAGAGACAGUGGAUGAUAUUUUAUCUGAUCCAAAAAGAAUCUUGUUUAUCCUGGAUGGAUUUGAUUACCUGAAAUUUGACUUGGAACUCAGGACAAACCUGUGCAAUGACUGGAGGAAGAAGCUGCCAAUACAAAUUGUCUUGAGUAGUUUGCUACAGAAAAUAAUGCUCCCAGAAUGUUCUCUGCUCCUUGAAUUGGGAAAUGCAAGUCUUUCAAACAUUAUUCCUUUGCUGCAAUAUCCAAGGGAGAUAAUUAUGUCAGGAUUCUCUGAACAAACUAUAGAAAUCUACUGUGUGUCUUUCUUUAAUACCCAGACAGGUGUAGAAAUCUUUAAGAAUUUAAAGAGCAUUAAACCAUUGUUCAAUUUAUGCCGCUGUCCUCAUCUAUGCUGGAUGAUCUGUAGUACUAUAAAGUGGCAGUAUGAGAGGAGAGAGGUAGCAAGUCGUUUUGGUCGAACAUUAGGACUCCUCUACACAAUAUUUAUGGUUAGCGCAUUUAAAUCAACAUAUGCCAGGAAUCCAUCUAAACAGAACAGGGCCCGUAUAAGGACCCUAUGCACCUUGGCUGUAGAGGGAAUGUGGAAACAGGUAUAUGUGUUUGACUCUGAUGACCUCAGGAGGAAUGGGAUAUCUGAAUCAGAUAAGAAAGUGUGGCUGAGAAUGAAAUUUCUCCAGAAUCAAGGUAGCAACAUUGUAUUUUAUCAUUCUACACUACAGUGGUACUUUGCUGUGCUGUUCUAUUUUCUCCAAUACAAAGACACACGUCACCCAGUUAUUGGAAACCUCGCUCAACUCCUAGGAGAAAUCUAUGCUCAUAAACAGAACCAAUGGUUCCACACACGGAUAUUAUUGUUUGGAAUGGCCACUGAGCAAGUUAACUCCUUGCUUGAACCAUGCUUUGGCUGUAUAUCAUCCAAGGAGGUAAGACAGGAAAUCAUCAGAUACAUCAAAAGUCUCAGUCAACAAGAAUGCAAUGAAAAACUGGUGGUGCAUCCCCAGAAUUUGUUUUUCUGUAUACUUGACAACCAGGAGGAAAGAUUUGUAAGACAAUUGAUGGAUCGAUUUGAAGAAAUGACUGUUGAUAUUAGUGAUGUUGAUGAUAUGUCAGCAACUCCAUAUUGUCUGCAUAGAGCCCCAAAAGUGAAAAACCUUCACCUGCAUAUACAAAAGAGAGUUUUUUUAGAAAUCCAUGAUCCAGAAUAUGGUGACUUAGAACUCUUUAAACUCGACCAAAAACUUUUAGCCAAGCAUUGGACUACGUUAUGCACUUUUCUCUGUAACUUACAUGUGUUGGAUCUGGACAGCUGUCAUUUCAAUGAAAAAGCCAUAGAGGUUCUCUGUAAUUGUUUGCCUCUAACUUCUUUAGUACCUCUGACUGGUUUUAAGCUCCACAGAUUGUUGUGUUCCUUCACGACUAACUUUGGAGAUGGUUUAUUAUUUUGCACAUUUCUUCACCUACCUCACCUGAAAUACAUGAACCUGUAUGGCACUAAUCUCUCUAAUGAUGCAGUUGAGAGGCUGUGCUCAGCUCUGAAAUUUUCAACAUGUGGAGUGGAGGAGCUGUUGUUGGGAAAAUGUGACAUAUCAAGUGAGGCUUGUGGCAUAAUUGCAGCUUCCCUUAUCAAUUCUGAGGUGAAACAUCUCUCAUUGGUUGAAAAUCCCUUGAAGAACAAAGGAGUGAUGUCACUGUGUGAAAUGCUGAAGGAUCCAAGCUGUGUCCUGGAAUCACUGAUGUUGUCUUACUGCUGUCUCACAUUCAUUGCCUGUGGACAUCUCUAUGAAGCUCUUUUGAGCAAUGAACACCUCUCUCUGCUUGAUCUGGGGUCAAAUUUCCUGGAAGACACUGGAGUGAACCUUCUGUGUGAAGCUUUGAAAGAUCCAAACUGCACCCUCAAGGAGUUAUGGUUGCCUGGUUGCUAUUUAACUUCAGAAUGUUGUGAAGAGAUCUCGGCUGUCCUGACUUGCAAUACAAAUCUAAAGACCCUGAAACUUGGCAACAAUAACAUACAAGACACUGGUGUCAAACGGUUAUGUGAAGCUCUGUGUCAUCCUAACUGUGAAAUGCAGUGUCUUGGGUUAGACAUGUGUGACUUCACCAGUGACUGUUGUGAAGACCUGGCCUUGGUUCUUACCACCUGCAACACAUUGAAGAGCUUAAACCUUGACUGGAAUGCCUUUGACCAUUCUGGGCUGGAGAUGCUCUGUAAGGCCUUGAAUCACAAAGCCUGUAACCUGGAGGUGCUUGGACUGGACAAAUCUUUAUUUUCUGAGGAAUCACAGACAUUACUGCAAGCUGUGGAAAAGAAAAAUAAAAAUCUGAAAGUUUUGCAUUUUCCCUGGCUUAAAGAGGAACUCGAAAAGAGGGGUGUUCGUCUGGUAUGGAACAGCAAGAAUUGAUCUGUAACAAAGGUUUAUCCUUUUUUAUGUUUCUCCUAUAUACCCUGUCCCAAGUUGCACACCAUGGUACUGGUGGCUGUCGCCAGAGCUGUUCUUCCACAUUGUUCCACCCCCACCUUUCUUUAUAUCUCCCCUCACCACUUUGCAAUGUUUAUACUACAAGCACAUUCAAUAAACACUAAGCAUGUGUGAAAA